CUUUCAAUAUCAUUUUAGCCAAUCUACCGAUAACAUUGCAUUCAGCUUCUGAAUACGGUAUUGUGUUUGUGUAAUUAAAAUGUUUAGAAAAACUGUGCACAAAAUUUUUGCCUGGAUCAUGGCAGGCGUAUUUUCUUUUUUGGUGUUUCCAAUAUUUUUUGUUAUAUCCUUCGUGGCAGUGAAUAUUGAUAACUGGCUGUUGAAAGAGAAGAAGAGCAUUGAAGGUGAAGUAGCUGUUAUUACUGGCUCCGCAGGUGGUCUUGGUAAAUGUAUCGCCAAAGAGCUCGCCGCCAAGGGAUGUAAUGUUGCCAUAUGUGACAUUAAUUAUGAGUUAGCUGUGUCGACCGCACAAGAGAUCGCCGAUAAGUAUGGCGUUAAAGCAAAAGCCUAUAAGGUGGACGUUACGAAAUAUCAAGAAAUCGUUGAACUCAAUGAAAAAUUAACCAAAGAUAUAGGCGCUGCCACAAUACUAGUCAAUAAUGCUGGUUUGCUCUUGCACUCGGAUCAGCUAAACCCUUCAUUAGAGGAGAUAGAUUUGAUGGUAAAAGUUAACUACACAUCACAUUUCUGGACGAAUCGCGUUUUCAUGGAGAAUAUGAAGAAAGUGCGUAAAGGUCACAUUAUGGCCAUCAGCUCAAUAGCCGGUCUCGUCACAUUGCCACAGAGUGAGCCUUAUUGCAGCACUAAAACUGCUGUACGUACCUUAAUGCGCGUCCUACGCGCCGAUCUGAAACUGCAAGAAAUAAAUUAUAUCGGACUUACAACGGUAUUUCCAUCAUUUCUUCAAACUCAUGGUCUAGUAAAACAGUUGGCCACUGAAAGCGGUUAUGCGGACUUGUAUCCACUCAUGGCAGGAGAGGAGGUGGCCAAAAGAGCUGUGAAUGGCAUGUUACGUGAUGAAGUUGAGAUUGCGAUACCCGGUUUCUUUGCGCUCAGUUAUCGUCUAUUAACACUUUUGCCCGCCAAAGCUCAGGAUUGGGUAACUUACGCGCCGAUUAGCAGAAUGAAUGGUGUGAAGAAAGCUUUUGAAUCGAUUAAGCGGAAAUAAACGAUAAGCUUGUUGAUAAUAAUAAAGAAAAUUGUUUCGAAAUGUCUUCGAAUAAAUGCUAAAUAUUU